CAAAACCCUCCUCCUUCACAAAUAUCUCCUCCUCCCGCAACACGAUUCCUCCAGCUAUUACCGGAAUUACCCUGUCGUCAGUUCCCCCGCAUCCUCCGUUUUCCCGAAACCCUAUGCUCACCUCCCUUUCACCACAAACUGUAACACAGAUUUUGUUGGUUUGUGUUUGUAUAUGUGAGUGAGCGAUGAAGUAAGAAGAUGGGUGUGUGGUCUGCAGUAGUGUACUGUGCUCCCCAAACCGGAAUUCUGUGUAUCUUCACGAUUCCCUGCUAACCUACGCCACUCUGCCGUAUUUUCAGCUAAGAAGAUCAAUGAUAAAUUGAUAGUCUUUCAUUUCAUCAUCACCGCAUCUAUUUUAACUAUAUAUUUGAUCUGAAUUCUCUCUCUUUUAAUUUCUCUCUCUCUAGUUAUUGCUAUGGCGGAGGGAUUUGAGCCCUACCAUGUCCCACAACAGAGCAGAAGAGAUAAGCUCAGAAUUGUGGCUCAAAAUCAUCCCUCCGUUGAACCGCUUCAAGGUUGUGCUGGUUUACUCCCUCUCUACGAUCCUUCCCUCCUCCCUUCAGAUUUGCUUACGUGCGCCAACCCAGCUCCUCCUCCUCAUGAGUUUCAGCAGCCGAAGAACAACAACAACAACCCAGUUUGUGGCGUGAAAGAAGAGGGUGUGAAUUUCAUGGGUUUUUUUGGUGGGAUUCCUUCUUCUUCUUCAACUUCCAGUCACCCUUAUUUGGACCCACAAUCGUCUUUGCAAAUCAACCCUAGCUCCGUCCAAGUCAUGAAUGCAAACCCAUUUUUUUACGCGCCUCAAAACCUAAGAGAGUUCGACCAGUCCUAUAACAGCGGUGAGGUGAUCGUGUUUAAACCGGAAUCUAGUAACUGCGGUCAAGGCUUGUCUCUUUCUUUAUCUUCCCACAAUACCCACCAAAACAAUCUCCCUCUGGAGCUCAAUUUACAACGUUACGGUGGUGGAUAUGUGGUUCCCGGCAUUGUCGGCGCCACUGCUUCGACUUCCAACGAGGUCUCCAGGAGCUCGGUUCCUCUGGGGCCGUUCACAGGUUAUGCGUUGAUUCUCAAGGGAUCGAGAUUCUUGAAACCCGCGCAGCAGUUGUUAGAAGAAUUAUGCGACGUGGGUAGCGAAAUUUUUGCCGAGAAAAUCACUCCCGAUUCUUCCUUGAUGGAUCCUCCCAUGGAGAAUUUGAGCGGUCUUGGAAUUAUGGACGAUCCGCUUGGCGGCGGCGGCGGCGGAGGCAGCAGUGAAAAUAUAAGAAAGAAGUCAAGACUACUUUCAAUGCUUGAAGAGGUUUACAAGAGGUACAAGCAGUACUACCAACAAAUGCAAGCUGUGGUAGCAUCUUUUGAAUAUGUUCCUGGGCUAGGCAAUGCAGCUCCAUAUGCCAACUUUGCCAUAAAAGCCAUGUCUAAACAUUUCAGGUGCUUGAAGAAUGCAAUCACUGAUCAGCUUCAAUUUACCAAUAAAGGUCAUGGUCAGAUCAGCCCCAGAAAAGAUAAUGAAGCUCUCAGGUUUGGAAGCAGUAGCGAUAGAAGCCCUUAUAACCAGAGAACUGUUCACAACGCUGGAUAUUUUGAACAUCAACCUGUUUGGCGGCCACAAAGAGGCCUUCCUGAGCGUGCUGUAACGGUCCUUAGGGCAUGGUUAUUUGAACACUUCUUACACCCUUAUCCCACUGAUACAGACAAGCUAAUGUUGGCAAAACAAACUGGUCUAUCGCGUAGCCAGGUGUCUAAUUGGUUUAUCAAUGCAAGAGUGAGGCUUUGGAAGCCAAUGGUGGAGGAAAUACACAUGCUAGAAACAAGGCAAGCUCAGAAAGCAUCCCAAAAGGAGGACCAAAAUGCCAACAAAUCAAGUGAUGAUCAUCUAUCAUCAGUGAACUCUCUUGCAUCGCAGCACCCAUCUACCUCUACUCAAAGGACACAAGACACUCCGUCCAAACGCACUAGAAGUGAACUUCCAGACAUACCGACAGGAAGUGGACCAUCAAACUUGUCCUAUAAUAACUUGUCAAACCACCCACAUGGUGGUGUUGGUGUGAGCAUGACAGGGGGAAAUAGUGGUGUUUCCUUAACUCUUGGUCUUCAUCAGAGCAAUGGGAUUGGCUUGUCGGAGCCCUUUCCCAUAAAUAUAUCUCAACGCAUUGGACUUGCCAUUGAUGCAAGCAGUGAUGGAUAUGUAAUGGGUGGCUUUGAAGCACAUAAUCGACAUUUCGGAAGAGACGUUAUGGGAGGACAGCUCUUGCAUGAUUUUGUUGGUUAGAAAGCGUUCACAUUUAGAGCUUUGUGAUCAUCAUGGAUCAAUUAAAUGGUGGUAUUAUACUAACAAAGUUUCACAUAGAUGAGGCUGUGUGUAUGUUACCAGAAAUGCAACGCUGAAAUCAAAUGUUAGUGAAAUGAAUUGUCUUCUUUAGGGUCUAAGAAGGUAUGUGCCAUCAAAUUGCGUUGUAAUGAUGGUUAGAAAUGUUUACUACAUAAAUGAUUGGCGCAAAAUUUCUGAAAUUGACUUCAGUUACAAUGUUUUUCUUUAUGGUAUUUUGUAUAAUGAAACAUGACUUAAAAG